AUGGCCGACAAGCAACCCCCCACCGUCGUCGAGGGCGCCACCACCGGCGACGUCGAGGACGAGCUCCCCUCUGCCACCGCCAAGUCGGCCGAAGACCGCAAGGCCGCCUCGGCCCUCGCCAGCCUCGACGCCAACAGCAGCAGCAGCGCCAACGACGACGCCUCGGCCAGAAACGUCGACCAUGAUGCCGUCAGCAAGGCCAUCAAGAGCCUCAGCGGCGGCGGUGCCAGCGGCGGUUCCUCCCUGAAGAAGUCCUCGACCGCCGGCGCCAGCACCGCCUCCUCGUCCUCCGCCGUCCCCGCAAGGGCCGUCAAGGUCGAUGCCGCCGAUGUCGCCCUCGUCGUUGACCAGCUCGAAUUGACCAAGCCCAAGGCCACCGAGCUGCUCAAGGCCCACGAUGGGGACGCUGUAAAGGCAAUGUCUGCGUUUGUCGCGUCGUAA